AUGGCACCUGUACCAUUGAUUGAUGGGCUUCUCCACAGAACGACAGUGAUUCGAUCUUCACAACUGCUGCAUCACUUACAAAUUCGCGAUCUUCCUCCUCAAGCCUUCGUCGGCAGCAUCAUCGGCCUGGUGAUCCUGUCAUCGCUAGCCAUUGUCGGCUUCAUUCUCCUCUUGGCAAAGACUUGGACGUUGAUGGCCACAAGGCUCGGCCGGCGCUUGACCCCACCACCGCCGUCCCAGGCCACAAACAUGACCGAAAUCAACCCCAGCGACUGGGCCAGACAAAACAGCAACGUCCUGUGGUCAACGUACAUCGGCGAAGACGACCUCCGCGCCCAGUUUGCAGGACCCUCGCGAAUCUCAAGGCUGUUCUCCAUAGGAUCCCUGGCGAGCGACUACGGACGGUGUCCACUUGAUCGACGCGCCUCAAAUACCAAUGACAACGGCUCGCAUCGUGUCAUCGACGCGAAGAAGGUCAACGAGGGCGUCGAGGUUGGUGACGUGCGCAACCGAGUCACGUUCGAACAUGAGUCGUCGCCACCCAGGAAGCCUUCCAUCAUGCAGGCCAAAGCCAAGGCAAAGAAGCCUUACCACCUGCACAGGCAUACCAAGUCUCUCGAAGAGAUGGCGGGGUUCAGCAAGUCUCUGAAACUCAUGGCGGACCGCAAGAGGAGCAUGCCCGCACACUAUUACAAGAGACUAUCAGAGGAGGAGUAG